AUGACGUUGAUAGAUGACAAAGUGGCUGAAUUUGAAUGGACACUCUUUGUCAAUGCAUUGUCCAAAGUCCGAACUAUGACUGCAUUUGAGCUUCGAAUGCAAGGAGGGCAUUGGUAUACACAGGUGUUGAAAGUUUUGAAUGCAGGACCGCAACUUCAAAUGCUGAAGUCUGUCUUUAGGGGAAUUUGGUAUCAGCAAAUCCACGCUAAUGAUGAAGUGGUUGACAUUUUUGUUGAACUAUUGACACGACUGGAGAACAUUCAAGAGAUAGUGGUGAUGGUGACAAGUCCCGAUGCAAUUUCCGAUGCAGUGAAUUAUGCAUUAGAGCUUAUUAGCAGCAAAUUUCGAGGGGAUUUGAUUGGCUGA